UGUCCGAGGAACAUCUCCACAAUGGAGCCUCAUAACUCCAGCAGUGGAGGAGGAAGCUCUGACCCAAAGGUAAAGAGAGCAGCGUCUCCAGCACCCAGCUGUGUGUCUUGGAAGAGUGACUGGUCCAUAGAUCCUCCUCCUGCAUUGAGCAGUGCACCUGUGCCCUGUAACCCAAAGGUAAAGAGAGCAGCGUCUCCAGCACCCAGCUGUGUGUCUUGGAAGAGUGACUGGUCCAUAGAUCCUCCUCCUGCAUUGAGCAGUGCACCUGUGCCCUGUAACCCAAACAGGGGGAGGGGUGAUCUCCUCCAGGUGUCCAGUUGUGGAGUGUGUGAGCAGGUUCUGACAGACCCAGUCUCCAUCACCUGUGGACACAGGUUCUGCAGACAGUGUAUCAGCAGCUACUGGGACCAGUCUGCUCCAUCACGAGACUUUUCCUGUCCCCAGUGCAGAAAGAGAUUCAGAACCCGCCCUGUUCUACACCCACACAAAGACAUGGAAGUGUCCAUACAGCAGGACUCUCGCACACCAGUGGAUGAUGUCCUACACACACACAAAACCUGCAUGAAGAACAAGUAUGAGAGUUUAUUUGAGGGAACCAAAUCACAAGAGAAUAAAACCCUCCUGAACAGGGUUUACACACAACUUUACAUCAUAGAUGGAGAGAGUGAAGGAGUGAAUGAAGAACAUGAGGUUUUACAGAUGGAGAAAACACUCAGGAAACAGCUGGUACAAGACACUCCAAUCUACUGCUCAGACAUCUUUAAACCUGUACAAGGUCCUGAAGGAGAAAUGACUGAAGGUGUCAGCCACACAGAAACAAAAGAAGAUAAAGGCCCAGAAGUGCCAGAGCUCAAAACUGUUCUGACUAAAGGCAUUGCAGGCAUUGGGAAAACUGUCUCAGUGCAGAAGUUUAUUCUGGACUGGGCCGAGGGAAAAGCCAAUCAGGAUGUAGAUUUCAUGUUUGUGCUUCCAUUCCGUGAGUUGAACCUCGUUAAAGAUGACCAGUACAGUCUGCAUAGACUCCUGUGUGACUUCCACCCUGAGAUAAAAGACCUGGACCCAAAGAUAUAUGAUGUGUGCAAAUUUGUGUUCAUCUUUGAUGGCCUGGAUGAAAGCAGAAUUCAAUUGAACUUUUCCCAGUGUAAUAAAGUAUCUGAAAUAAGCAUGACAUCAUCAGUGGGUGUGUUGACGUCAAACCUCAUCAAAGGAGAGCUGCUUCCCUCUGCUCUCAUCUGGAUAACCUCCCGACCAGCAGCAGCCAAUCAAAUCCCUCCUCACUACAUCAACCGUGUGACAGAAAUUCAGGGAUUCACGGACCCACAGAAGGAGGAGUACUUCAGGAAGAGAAUCAGUGACCAAGACCAAGCUGAGAAAAUCAUCUCACACAUAAAGACAGCAAAGAGCCUCCACAUCAUGUGUCACAUACCAGUCUUCUGUUGGAUCUCAGCCACUGUGCUUCAGGAAAUACUAAAACAAACUGAUACAGAAAUCCCUAAAACUCUGACUGAGAUGUACAUACAGUUCUUGCACACUCAGAUCAACAUGAAGAAUGAGAAGUAUGAGGGGAAAAAAGAAAGCGAUCAAAAGAAAUAUCUGGAAUCCAACAGGUCCAUGAUUCUGAAACUGGCUGAACUGGCUUUCAAACAUCUGAUGGAGGGAAACGUGAUGUUCUAUGAAGAAGAUCUGAGAGAGUGUGGCAUUGAUGUCACUGAGGCCUCCGUGUACUCUGGGAUCUGCACUGAGAUCUUUAGGGAGGAAUCUGUGCUUUACCAGAGGAAGGUCUACUGCUUUGUACAUCUGAGCUUUCAGGAGUUCUUUGCUGCUCUCUAUGUGUUUCACUGCUAUGUGGAAAAGAACAUGGAGGUACUGAAAAUCUUUCUGUGUGGAAGGAACAAAUCUUUUCCUGAAGUUUCCUUGGAUGUUUUUCUGAAAAGUGCAGUGAAUAAAGCCUUGAAGAGCCCAAAAGGAGAGCUGGAUCUCUUCCUCCGAUUCCUUCAUGGCAUUUCUCUGGAAUCCAAUCAGAAACUCCUACACGGCCUACUGACACCCACUCAGAGCAGCCCGGAGAGUGUCAAGAAAAUAAUACAAAACCUCAGAUUGAGUCAGAAACAAAAUGUGAGCCCUGAGAGAUUCAUCAAUCUCACUCACUGCUUGAUUGAAAUGAAGGACACCUCUCUACAUGAAAACAUCCAGAAAUUCCUCAAGGAAGAGUCUUCCAGAAAGCUCACCCUGGCUCAGUGCUCAGCACUGGCCUUCCAGCUGCAGAUGUCAGAGGAGGUGCUGGAUGAACUGAGCUUGAAGAAAUACAAAACAACUCUAAAUGGGUUUUGGAGACUCCUCCCAGCUGUGAGCAACUGUAGACGGGCUCUAUUAGCUCACUGCAACCUCACUGCAGAGACCUGUAAAAUGAUCUCAUCAGUUCUUCAAACAGCGAACCUCCCCCUGAGAGAAUUGGACCUUAGUCAUAAUGAAUUACAGGAUUCAGGAGUGGAGCAUCUCUCAGCUGGGCUGAACAGUUCACACUGUAAAGUAGAGAUACUCAGAUUAGCUCACUGCAACCUCACUGCAGAGACCUGUAAAAUGAUCUCAUCAGUUCUUCAAACAGCGAACCUCCCCCUGAGAGAAUUGGACCUUAGUCGUAAUGAAUUACAGGAUUCAGGAGUGGAGCAUCUCUCAGCUGGGCUGAAGAGUUCACACUGUAAAGUAGAGAUACUCAGAUUAGCUCACUGCAGCCUCACUGCAGAGACCUGUAAAUUGAUCUCAUCAGUUCUUCAAACAGCGAACCUCCCCCUGAGAGAAUUGGACCUUAGUCGUAAUGAAUUACAGGAUUCAGGAGUGGAGCAUCUCUCAGCUGGGCUGAAGAGUUCACACUGUAAAGUAGAGAUACUCAGAUUAGCUCACUGCAACCUCACUGCAGAGACCUGUAAAAUGAUCUCAUCAGUUCUUCAAACAGCAAACCUCCCCCUGAGAGAAUUGGACCUUAGUCAUAAUGAAUUGCAGGAUUCAGGAGUGGAGCAUCUCUCAGCUGGGCUGAACAGUUCACACUGUAAAGUAGAGAUACUCAGACUGUCUGGUUGUUUGGUCACAGAGGAAGGUUGUUCUUCUCUGGCUUCAGCUCUGAGGUCAAACCCCUCACACCUGAAAGAACUGGAUCUGACGUACAACCACCCAGGAGAGUCAGGAGUGAAUCUGCUCUCUGCUAGACUGGAGGAUCCCCACUGCAGACUGGACACACUCAAGUAUGUAAACACACUGUGUUUGGUGUGAACACACACUCCAAAUUUGAGAGGCACAAAUCCAAGUGAAAAAUGAUGAAUUUGGGAAAAAAUGAUGAAUUUGGGUGUGCACAUAUGUCAAAUAAUCACCCAUAACAGCAGACACAGAUAUGAGGUUCAGUCACUUUAAUAAUUUUCAUGUAUGUGAGAGGAACAGCUAGUCCAAUCUCCUCUGACCCACUUCUAAAAAACAGACCAAUUUAUACUUCAGUAUUACUCAAAUACAUGCAGUGUCAUACAUGACACACGUGUUUUUAUUCCUUAAAUACAUACAGUGUCAUACUGU